AGUUCUGCGCCAAGGGGGGUUCCUUUACAGCCUCUGUUCUGUGUAGAUAUUACAUCGACUUUAUAGGACUAUAAUCACCACAAUUCAAGCGAAAUCAUCUGUGGAGAUUGUCUGCAUGAUGGUCGAGCUUCCCUCAACUAUCCGACGUGUUGCUUUGGAAAAGCUUGCCACACUAGCAGCUCAAGCACCAGAAGAUCAAGAGAUUCCAGUGAUUGACCGCAUCACUCAACCAUUGAAACAGAAUGCUCAUCGACUGGAGACCCCACAUGGUAAUCGUUUGCCAGAACAGGGUCGAAUGCGGACUCCCAUUGGUACCAGAGAGUUAGACGUGAUUAUCGCCUUGUGCAAAGCUUCGCCUUUUACUUCUAGUUCCCAAAGUGCAUCGAAGAUAGCGGUGCAACUGUCUCAAUACCUUCCGGAUUCGCACAGCCAGUUCUUCCGUCCUUCGCCCUUCUUGCACAAUGUGAGGCCGUCUCCGUGGGAGGCCCUCACUUACAACCUUACCCUAGCUCUCCUCUCACUGGGCUCCAGAUAUGAAGAUCUGCGAAGUCUUGUCUCUGGUGCUUUCAGCGCGUACUUGCAGAGCUGCGCCGAGGCAAUCGACGCCGUAACCCCCUUCCAGCGCUCCGAACCUGAAAUAAGCGGACACGAGGAUGGACAUGGCUUUGCUCGUGUCUUAUCGACUACCAUGUCUCUGGUCGGCUUCUUGGAAGCAUCGGCCUGCUUUGCUUCAUUUUGGCUUACGAGCGAGAAACUACAUCUUGUUGAAACGUUGCGCUCGAUCCUCUCGGAUCAGUACAUGAUAGCUGUGGAGACCGCUUCUUCCACAGUGCGUAAUCCGAGCAUGCCUGAUGCUUUGGUAAGGGACUGGAGAAGGUACACUCACCGCUAUGCUACCGAUGGACGUCCUGUCGGGGCCAUGCUAUUGCAGGAAGGCUUCACGCGCUUUGUCAAAUCGUGCGCCGUAUGUCUGUCUCUGGGUGAGGCUCAUGUCUCUUCAGACGAAGAACUUCUGAAUGAGUAUAUUGUUGGUCGUCGACGUGCUAGGGUUCUUGAUGAGGCCGAAUUGGCCCUCCUCGAUAGACUGGGAACAAUCACGGCCGAUGAAAUACGCCUUUUAGAGGAUGGCUCUGAUUAUCUGCAGCUUGGCUCGACCUGGCAACAACGGCUUGCCUUCUCCGUGAAAAGUCUAGCUCUUAUCGGGUAUCUCAACUGUGUUAUACUGAGUGAGGCCGCGACGAACAGCGAAGACCUUUUCUCGUGGCUAGAGGCAACACUUGCAGAUCCGAAUCAGAUGUCGUAUUCUGAGCUAGCGAAAACGACUCUGAAAAGCAUAGCGGUUGUUUCUCGGUUGUCCCCUAGCGCUGCUUCUUUCGGCAGCCGUUCCCUUUUAAAGUUCAUUGUCGAUGGUAACGUGGCAAGUCGUUCGACAGGCUUUGUCGCUGCAAAAUGUCUUGCGCAUGUUCUUGGUGCCCUCUCCCAAGAUGCAGUUAUAACAACGCUGUAUUCUCUCGGAAACGCUCUGAGCCCAGGCUCCGGCUCAGACAAGUCUCAGCAAUUACAGCUUUUAGGUGACGGGGCAACUCAUGGGAGUACACUUGUGCUCUUAUCCCGAGGCAUGAGUGACAGUGCUACUUCCUCUACCAACGGCGAGGGAGAAAAUGAGCAUUAUGGUAGGGUCAUACAGGCUAUUGUGACGAUCGCAAGUAAUUGCGAAGAUGGAAAAAUAAGUGCUUUGGCACAGUCAAUGCUAUUGCAGAAAAUAGGGAAGGUGAAUGCUGCAGUCGAUGCUUCCAUCAUCAAAGAGUCUGCCGCCCUGUCUUUGAAUACUGGGCCGGCUGAGUUUCAGCUUCUUCUGAAAUUCUUUGAUCGUGCGUACAAGGACAGUAUUGCGAAAGGAUACCAAACUGUCGCCGAUGCCGUGCAAAGUGCCAUGGUAUUUAUUGCAGUCACGCUAAAGAAGACUUCCACCUUGUACAAGAUCUAUCUUAUCCACUUGCUCGAAGGCGUGGUCAAUAAAGGCGAUGCCACCGACUUCGACAAUGACCGCCAAAAGGAGAUAAUACUGGCUCCUGACGAUAUCAGCCCCUUUUUGAAGCCAUUGGCCUUGCUUGUUUCUUCAGGAAAGAACAUGGCGGAACAACGGGGACCAGAGAUGCGCUACGAUCAAGAUAUAUCAACUCUUUUCCGAGAUGCUUGGUUCAACAUUGCCAUACACGGCAUAACGCUGAAUUCCGCUGUAGCUCAGCAUCACCUCGAAGAGCUACGGUUACUUGCUAAGCACUCGCCAUCUCUUGUCUCCGAAGAUCGCGUGGACAUGCUUGAAAGCGACGUUGAAUUGAACACGAUUCUCAGGCGCGGAAUGAGCCAACAGCGUUUCCUUGAGCAAAAGAAGAAGCUGAUCAAUGAAUUACCUAGUCGAGAGGUUGAGAUUAAACGCCUAAGUUAUCCGCGCGUGAUCUUUCUUAGCGCUACCUUGUUCAUCGAAAGUCUUCGCGGUUUAUCGGGGAACUGUAACACAAUACUCGGCUAUUUUCGAGAUCCUGUGCUGGCUACUGCUGAGAUGGCGAGCUGCAUGGGUGCUAUUGCUGAGAAGGUUGUUUCUCACCAUCUCUCAUUGACUCUUGCUGGGAAGCUGGAGCAUUUCUCGGCACCGUUCCUUUCAAGAGAACUUGCUGGUUUCUUCGUCGCUUGCUGCCAUCGUGUGGAACGAGUGCAGAACAUGGCCGUCCUCUGCGCCAAUAGAAUAAUGCGAGAGUGUCCUUCAGCGCUGUGCGAGAAGACUUCUCUGUUUGCUUUGCUUGAGCUCUUGACUGUCAUGUGGCAGUCUUGCAUCGAAGGCGAACUUGACGAGUACGAGUGGAAACCAACCUUCACUUCUCCUACAGGGAUUGUCCAAGUUGAUCUACCCGACAGCUAUACUUUCAGGGAGAGGACUCUACAAGUCCUACUAGAACGAGCCAGGGCGUGGGUGACAACCGUCAUGAAUAUCUCGCCUCUGGAUGUGAAGGGACUUCUCCAGGCGUAUCUUUCCACAUCUGAUGACAAAAGCGUUGUUGGCCAGAUUUCCUUGGGCCGCUCAUUUGCUCUAGAAAUGGGUGCGCAAAUUCCCAACAGCAAUCCACGCCUUGGCUCUAUCAAGAAUGAUAGCAUUGGCGGCGUGUUGAACAUAGCGUCCGGUUUCAUAUCCCAAUUAUCCACGCGUGAGCGAUACAAGACAUCGGAGCCACUUGCAGUCGACGGGCUUGUGCAGGACCCAGGGGUCUCUUAUGGAUUCCAUGGCCCUGCACCAAUCGUUCCUAAUAUAAGUACUGCCAGAGCUGUGGAAGAUGCUUUAUCUAAAAUUCAUACACAAUUGAGGGCUGGAACGAAUUUUCCUAUCACACAUAUCCGGAAUGUGCUGCGACAGGCUGCUGCAAUUGUAGGCAAUCAUACUGACAAUCAUGAUCGGCUUGCCCGUUAUUUAGUCACAGUGCCCUUCGAGCAGUUCUCGAAAGAGUCUAUUGACAUUGGGAUGUCUCUUUGGCUGGGUGUGAUGCAUGAGAAUCCAAGAAUGGGUGUGAAGCUGCUGUCUGAAAUAAUGGGAGCAUGGGAAAGAUCGAUUCAGCGCAAGAGGAAUCUGUUUGAUCCAUCCUUCAAAUGCAUGGAUCCCUUCUAUACAAAAAUUGAAUUGCUACCCACCGACAGGAGCCUUGCGGCACGGAACCAGGAGAAAGCCCAGGAAAAGCUCAUACCACAUUUGCGUGUUCUUGAAUUCUUCGAAAGCCACUUCAAUGCUACUCGGCUUGCAAAUGCUCAGGGCCAGCCGCUUUUUUGCCGCCUCAUUGACGGGACAACGACAGGAUUGUUGCAAGCAAGUAAUCACCCUUUAGCGCGGGAGCUAUACUUUCGCAUCAUCCUGUUCAGUCUCAAAGUUCUGAGUACCUGUAGCUCACAAGACGAGGCUUUCCAGUGGAAAAUAAAGGACCAGAUCUUGUCAGCUGCUCUGACCUGGUUCAGAACCUCACCAAGAUGGUCUUUUGGAGGAAACCGCCUCCAAAUUAAAGCUGAAGAUAGGAUUCUCCGCGACGUUGUCUCUGCCUUAGAGGAUGUUGCCGGUGUCUCUCGCCACGCAUACGGAGCCUAUAAAUCAUUGGAAUCAAAACAAGAGCUUCUCCAUGUUCUCAUAGAGAAUGAGAGGUCGCGUCUCAGGGUCUGGCUAUAUCCAUUGGACUCCGAUCCUAAGCAUUUGAACUCACAGUCCUUUUCGCCCAAAAGUCUCACCGAGGAAGCCACGGUUCUGUUACGACAUGCUUGGGCUGAAAACCCGGGACUGGCAAUUCAACUGUCCACCCGAUUUCCAUCGGUUAAGCUAAAGAGUGACGUUCGCUGGCUGAUGCUUAACUUCCCAGAUAAGGCGAUCGACGAAUCUGACGGUCUCGAUUUAAUUUUCGGUACAACUCUUCCUGCUGACGUCUCAUGUCAGUUGAAGUACUUGCUCUACUGGGCCUCUGUCAACCCCACUGAAGCACUGACCUACUUUUUGCCUGCUUAUGGCAAUCAUCCGUUCAUACUACAAUAUGCAAUGAAAGCCCUAGAGAGUCAUCCCAUCGACGUCCGCUUUUAUUUCGUUCCCCAGUUAGUCCAGGCCCUGAGAUACGAUUCCUUGGGCUAUGUUGAGCGCUACAUACUAGAGACAGCUAAGCUGUCUCAACUGUUCGCUCACCAGGUGAUAUGGAACAUGAAGGCAAAUUCGUAUAAGGAUGAGGAUUCUCAAAUUCCGGAUCCACUCAAACCAACGUUGGAUCAGUUCAUGGAUGCUUUAAUUGCAAGCUUUACCGAUGAGGAACGUGAAUUCUAUGAAAGAGAAUUUACCUUCUUCAACGAGAUCACAGGCAUUUCAGGGAAGCUCCGACCGUACAUAAAGAGGAGUAAGGCUGAGAAGAAAGAGAAAAUCGAGGAAGAGCUUCGCAAGAUCAAGGUGGAGGUCGGAGUAUACCUUCCCAGUAACCCCGAGGGCAUUGUUGUCGGCAUAGAUCGCAAAUCCGGAAAACCUUUGCAAAGCCAUGCCAAAGCACCUUACAUGGCGACCUUCAGGAUACAGAAGACCAGGGUUUCAGCGCAAGAGGUCGCAUCCCCCGAGAAAUCGCGAGCUGUAGUUCAAAAUCGUGGUGACUUAACUGACUCCGGGCAAGUCCCGUCAAAUGGCGACUCUGGUAUCUACGAAGUCUGGCAAUCGGCUAUUUUCAAAGUUGGCGACGAUUGUCGUCAAGAUAUGUUGGCCCUACAAAUGAUUGCUGCUUUCCGAAGCAUAUUCGCCGGCGUCGGGCUUGAUGUGUGGGUAUUUCCUUACCGAGUGACCUCCACGGCUCCCGGGUGUGGUGUCAUUGACGUUCUCCCAAAUUCGAUUUCGCGUGAUAUGCUAGGCCGUGAAGCUGUGAAUGGCCUUUAUGACUACUUUGUCUCUAAGUAUGGUGGAGAGGAUUCAAUACGCUUCCAGGAGGCACGCGCCAACUUCGUCAAGAGCAUGGCGGCUUAUUCCGUCAUUUCCUAUCUGUUACAGUUCAAGGAUCGACACAAUGGCAACAUCAUGAUAGAUGAUGCCGGCCAUAUCAUACAUAUCGACUUCGGGUUCUGUUUCGAUAUUGCACCCGGGGGGGUACGUUUCGAGCGCGCACCUUUCAAACUGACAUCUGAGAUGGUUGCUGUGAUGAGUGGUAAUAACAACACACAUACACACCCCAGCGGAGGCUCUGGCAGUGGAUUCGGCUUGUCUGGAGGUGGCUCUCACAACCCGACAAGCACUCAGCCCUACAGGUGGUUUGAAUCGCUUGUUGUGAAGGCUUUCCUUGCGUCGAGACCAUACAGCGCCAAACUUUCUCACAUAGUGUCAUUGAUGCUCGAUAGUGGCUUGCCAUGCUUCAAGCCCGACACCUUGAGGAAUUUCCGAGAUCGAUUUGUCCUUGACAAAAGCGAGAGGGAAGCAGCUGAUCACAUGCGUGAACUCGUUCGAAAAUCAUAUAUGAGCGUAUCGACAAAAGGAUACGACCAGUUUCAACUUCUGACCAACGGCAUCCCAUACUGAACCAGCCAAUUGACUUUGUGGCAUUCGAAAUACCUCUCGAUAAUUGAUCGCCAUUGACAGUGCCUCCUCAAAUUGACUAAAUCGUACACAGUUCAUCAAUGGCAGACAAUCAACUGAAUUCCCACAAUUCUAUUUAGUCUCCCAUACAAACGCGCUUCCCGUUCAAUGCCCUCGUUCACGUGGGUUUGACCUGAGACGGGUCCACGCAUACUUGCAGCAGGAUUCAUACCUAUAAAUCCCGUGUGGCGACAUCCUGAAAUCGAUUGGAGCGCAGUAGCCCUAGAAUGGAAGAAUCAUAGAAUACAGAGUUGCAUGCCAGUUAGGUUCACCCCCGUGAAGAUAAAAGUUUAUAGAGCUUCCGAGCUGUAGUAUUUCAGACAGGCGGCUUUAAAGAAUGAGCUCUGUAG